CGCCACUGGACUUGUAGAUGGGCCGCCCAUUAAACCCAAAAAAAAUCCCCUAACCGCCGAUGAUACACCCGCGAAAUUUGGUCGGCGAUGAUCCGUUUGCGUCACUCCAGUUCUUCAGACAGAACAACAAGCGCCGCACCGCAGGGAUGGGAGGAGGAAACGAGAGCAGAAGAAGCCAAAGUAAGGAACAAUUUGAUGCGGGCGGGCGUCAUUUCCCCGGCCGGCCCGCCGAUCGAUUAGCCCUAAGAAGAAGAAUCACAAAGCUUGCUCCUUUUCCAAGGAUUGUGAUUUUAAUGGCGAAAGGGAGAGCGGGAUAGCCGCUGCUGCUGACGCUCGCCCGAAUUAACUUUUUUCCAUACCCUGUACUUGUCGUGGCCUUUUGAAAUUAUGCCGAAAAAACCCAACACUGAAGUUGCUCCGAUGGUUGUUGUUGCCAGCGGCGGGUUCAACUUAUCCAUCUACUACUUCAGUGGGGCCCUUGCACGGCAAAGUGAAGCUUUCUUUCUCUGUCUCACCUACUUCCACCAUUAACUCCCCACUCCCCUUUUUGCUACUACUGCUUCUUAUAAUCACAUCUCAGCUUCACUGGUUUUCUCACUCGGGCGGUUUCCUGGUUUUCUACUAGUCCCAGAGAAGGAGCGCAGACUUGAUUCGGCAAGAAGAAGUAGACCAGGAAGAAGAAGGGGAGACGUCUGCAUUUCUCCUCCCCUCUGCCGAGGUUUGCUAAAAAUUGCUGCUUUUUUUAUUUGCAUGGACAAUUGCUUGCUCUGGGUUUUCCUGGCCUUUAUAGAACAGUGCUUGAGGAGUCUCCUUUGAUCUUGUUUGGGAAGUUGUGUCCUUUACUGAAUAUGUAUGCUUUGUUGUCUCUAAAGAAUGUUUGUUCAUGUUGCAUGUUAUUCUGUUCUUAGUCUGUACAGCUUUUAAAGUCACCUAUCCCCACCAACAGACCAGUUAAGUGGAAAUUUGGUUGCAGCCGCUUUCAGCUGUUAGAAUUUUGGAGUGAUUUGCUCUUCCUUUUCCUUACUUACCAUUCAGUUUCCGGGGUAUCCUCUGAUGAACCCUUUGCGACUUUAAUGAGGGUAGAGUAAUUUGCUGGCAUGAUUCUGCUAAGAAGUAGUGCAUGUGUGUCCAUCAGUAUGAGUUAAAUCUCUCUGGUCUGGCUUAUGGUUCUGAUAUGCUUUGCGAUCUCAGUCUUAUGGUCAUGGAGUGUUUUAUAUAAUAUUAUUUUAUAUCUAUUGUGCUAGAUUUUGAUUCUGGGCUCUGCUUUGUUGUUGGUAACUCACUGAGAGAAUUAUGUAGUUCAAUUGAAAUAUUCCCUUUGCCCUGAACUUCUCUACGUCCUGUUUGUAGAUGGUGGAUCAGCAUGGAGGUUACAACGUGGAUGAAGCUCUCCUCUCCGUGGGGUUUGGAAAGUUCCAAAUCUUUGUCUGCCUUUAUGCGGGUUUGGGUUGGAUUUCAGAAGCGAUGGAAGUGAUGAUUCUCUCAUUUAUUGGUCCAUCGGUGAAGUCUCAGUGGGAUCUAAGCGCCAAUCAAGAGACCUUACUAUCCGUAGUGGUAUUUUCCGGCAUGUUACUCGGUGCAUACAUGUGGGGUGUGAUUUCAGACAAAUUGGGAAGAAGGAAUGGAUUUGUGGUCACAGCAUUCGUUACGUCUCUAGCUGGUCUACUUAGUGCCUUUGCCUGGAACUAUGUUGUGUUGCUCAUUGCUCGUUGUUUGGUUGGUGUUGGCCUUGGGGGAGGGCCUGUACUCUUCGCCUGGUUCUUGGAGUUCGUCCCUGCAACAAAUAGAGGCAUGUGGAUGAUUAUUUUUUAUUCAUUUUGGACGGUUGGAACUAUUUUCGAAGUCGGUUUAGCAUGGAUCAUUAUGCCAAGAUUGGGUUGGAGGUGGCUGGUUGGUCUUUCUGCUCUCCCUUCAUUUGGUCUCCUUGUAUUUUAUCCUCUCACACCUGAGUCCCCGAGGUACCUCUGCCUAAAAGGUAGAAAAGACGAUGCCCUUAAGAUUAUGGAAAACAUAGCAAAAUUGAAUAAGAAGGAACUGCCUCCUGGCGUCCUUCUUACCGAUCGUGAAAUUGAGCUACAAAGACAAGUCUCGAAGCCAGAGGCAUCUGCCACUGAUUCGCCUUCUUCUGCCCCUAGAUGGAAAGAUUCUGACUUGGGUGUCAUCGAGACUCUACGGGUGUUGCUUUCUCCAAGAUUAAUUCGCUCAACCAUACUCUUGUGGUUCAUAUUCUUUGGGAAUGCAUUUUCAUACUAUGGUCUUGUUUUGCUCACUACUGAAUUAAACCGUAAAUCUCAUUGCAAUUCGAACGGAACACAAUCCAACGACAAGUCAGAUGCUGGUGUUGACUAUAAAAAUGUUUUCAUUACUACUUUAGCAGAAUGCCCAGGCCUCUUAAUAUCAGCUCUCCUUGUCGAUAGGAUUGGUCGCAAAAUUUCAAUGGCAGCUCUGUUCUUCAUUUGUAUCGUGUUCGUUCUGCCACUGGUCGUCCAUCGAUCUCCACUAGUGACCACCAUUCUCCUAUUUGGGGCAAGAAUCUGCAUCACGGGAACUUUUUCAGUUGCCUCUCUAAUGGCUCCGGAGCUGUACCCUACGUCAGUCAGAUCAACCGGUUAUGGAAUUGCAAACUGCGUGGGCAGAAUUGGUGGGAUGGUAUGUCCAUUUGCGGCAGUGAAGUUGAUGGAAUCAUGUCAUCAACGUGAAGCGCUUCUGCUGUUUGUUGGCGUGAUUGUUGUGGGGCUGUUUUCAGUACUGUUGAUUCCUUAUGAUACCAAGGGCCGGGAAUUGACAGAGAGCAUAUCGAGCACAAAACAUGACAAGCAUCGCCAAGCAGUCUGAAACUAGGUACGUAUAUGACUCUACCAUUCCUCUCUGGUGCUUGUUGAUUGGUUUCUUCAGGACUGGCUUUUUUUAAGUCUGACCAGAUGCCAUGUUGGAUUCUUGUUGGACCUUAAGGCUUGAUUCCAGUAACUCUUGUUUUGCUGAUUCUUUCAGUUGAGAGGUUGAAUGGUGAAGACGGCGGCGUGGCAAUGGCCGGCGACACAAUGUACAUUGCCUUUCAGUGUCCUGUAUAAGUGUUUGUGUGGUAUAUAAGUGUGUGUGUGUGUGUUGUGUGGAGUUAGUUUCAAGAUGGGUGGGGACUAGUUGUGGCUUGUGGGUUUCAUUUUCAAAUGAUGUAUGUAUGGACUGCAAGGUUAUUAGUUCUUAUUAACUUCUUACUGAAGCUUUUUUGGGGGCUACCAUCAUCAGAUAAACCUUGUGUCACACGGCUGCGUUAGUGCGAGAGAUGUAUCAUAGUUGCAAGUUGUGAUGAUGGAGGGGUGCUACUUUAGUUUAUCUUUUCGGAGUGAUGGCAAUCCGGUUAUAAUGCUCACAACACAAUCGGUAAGAACAUGCUUAUAGAGGUUGUGAGUAGUUGGUGGGGGCCGAUAAAUUUGGACCGAGGCAAUGUAAAUUUUAGAAAUGAAAAUGUAAUCCCGUUCAUCCAAUGGGCGUAGAGCGUCCUGAUUCGACGGCUCCUAGUCCUAUGAACACGUUCUUGUAGAAGGGUUGCGGGCACCAUAGUCGGAUGAAUAUUGAGUUGUUUACCAAUAACGUUCGAAGUUGCUCUUCACUCGCUAGGAUUCCCACUUCAGCUUGAACGUGGAGAAGAAUUUGAUCCUUUUCCCCGUUACUAGUGAACUCCAUAUUAACUUGCCAAUGCGAGCAUAUUCAGUUUGUCCUGAGUUUCUGGAUAACUUGAACAAAACGAUAAAAAUAAAAUGGUGCAAACUACCUCCUGACCUGAUAUGUGCAAUAGUUGACACAAUUUUUUUUAGUUUGCAUAAUUUUUGAGGAGGUAAAGAUUUCAUUUGAGGAAUUUUUUUCAUAAAUUAUGCUAAAAAUUGAAAAAAUAUAUUAGAAGUGUGCUCAAAACUCAAUACCGUCAUAAUAAAAAUAAAAAUGCCUUCUUUUAAAAAUUGCAAUUUAAAGUUUAGCAAAAUCAAAAAAAGACCCGUAUGAGGCAACAAAUGAACUUAUAUAGAGACAAAGUGGACUAAAUAGCCUUCAGUUUUUUUGUCUGCGUAGAUCUCAAAAACUUAUGCGAAAGAAAAUUGCUUCGAUCAUAUAUCGAGCGCAAAAUUAUGGUUGUUUAAGUUCUAAUAUAUCAUAACAAAGCAUUUUUUUUGUAUUUUAGCAACUUUGAGUAGGCUUGUAGAGUUUUUCAAACUUUUGACAUACAUUCUGAAAAUUAUUCUCUAAUAAAGUUAUAGUUUUUGA